AAAUCUUACCGAAGGCAGUGGGAAGGCUGCUUGCUUCGGAAGGCAUCCUUGAAAUUGCUGUUCUGAAGAGAUGAUGACUCUAAGACCAGUGGCAGAGCUUAUUCUUGUGCUUUCUCCUUUCUUGUUUCCCUUGGUUGUCUCAUAGGAGUUUUAAUACUGCUCAUCUGCUUUAGGCCUUAAUUUCUCUCCCUGUCUUUUAGGAAUUACCGUUUAGCUGGAAUUGCUAAGUACCUUUGGCUAUUAGAUAAUUCAACAGAUCAUGUAUAACUGAUAGCAAGUUCGGUGAAGUGUACAGAAUUCCAUUUAAUAUUUUUUUUACCAAAAGACAUUGGAAGAGAUAUGUUAAACUCAAUUUGUACAUACUUAUUCCCUAUCUUUCACUAAGAGUAGUAUAACAAACCCUUUACUCUUGAGACACUUGAGGUUUGUGUAGCAGGUGCCAUUGAGAACAAUUUCUGUAAGGCAAUUCAUAAUAAAAUAACCUCCAGCCCCAAAGUAGGUGGGGCAAAAAUUCAUUUCCAGCUAAUCCUGGGUACUGGAGAUUUAUUUUUAGUACAGUACAGGAUUAACAAGAGUCAUUGUAGAUUUAUGUCCAGUUGCCUUAGUUCAUAUGUAACCUCACUAAGGGGAUAUGGGGAAGAAGCAAGUGCGUCCACCCCGGAUUCUUCCUCCAGUACCAAGUGGAGAACAAGAUGAAAUUCCUCUUAGUCGUCCCAAAAAGAAAAAAGUCAAGAAAAACUCUUUAGAUGGCUUUGGUCAAGUUGCUGUAUCUGAAAGCAGUGAGCCUCUGACCUCUGAAACGCAGGACGUUCCACCUCAGAAGAAGCGCAGGAAAAAGAAGGUGCCUCUAGAAUCUGAAACAUCAUUUACUGAACAGAAUGGAAAUGACAUGGAUACUUCACCAGUGGAAGAAACCAUAACUCGUAAACAAUUGAAAAGAGUAAAGAAAACCCGGCCUGCAGAAAGUUCCAGUGAAUUGUGUGUGGAGGAUGAAGAUAUAAUUGAGGAUGAGCAAGUAAAAGGCACAGAACAACGUUCUAUGUUUUCUGCUCCUACUGGGGUUAGCCAACCUGUUAGUAAAGUGUUCGUUGAAAAAAAUCGGCGUUUUCAGGCCACAGAUCGCAAGGAUUUGAUUAAAACUACUGAACAUGUUCAAGUGUUUAUGGAUGUAAAGGCUUCUUGGACUACUAAGGAUGUGGCACUUUCAGUUCAUCGUGGUUUUAGAGUAAUUGGAUUUUUUACUCACGGCUUUCUCGCUGGCUAUGCUGUGUGGAACAUCGUAGUGAUUUAUAUUCUGGCAGGAAAUCAGUUUUCAACCCUUUCAAAUUUGCUACAGCAGUACAAGACUUUGGCAUAUCCUGCUCAAUGCCUCCUUUAUUUUUUACUUACAAUUAGUACCGUUUCAGCUUUUGACAGAAUCAAUUUGGCUAAAGCAGCAGUGGCACUACGCAGUUUUCUUACAUUGGAUCCAACAGCAAUUGCUUCUUUCAUGUAUUUUGCUGCUCUUAUCUUGUCCCUGAGCCAACAAAUGACAAGUGACAGGAUCAACUUGUACACACCAUCUUUAGAAAAUGGUAGCCUUUGGAUUUCAGACGAAGAAAAACAGAUUCUUCAGCCUUGGAUUGUAGUUAAUCUUGUGAUAGCUAUUCUUGUUGGGAUCUCCUGGUUCUUUUUGUCAUAUCGGCCACAGCUGGAUCACAGUGAAGAGCUGAUGUUUAAUGGUGAAGUGGAAGAAUAUCCCCUCCCAGACAAAGAAGCUAAAAUGUCUUCUUAGCACAGGCAACUUCUUCGAUUUCAUAAGAUGCUUCAGUCAUUUAUACUUGCAUGUAAUAUUUUUUUACACUUUUUAAACAUUUAAGUUAAAUGAAUUUUGUAAUUAUGCUAAUUACAUGUUAUACAAUAAUACAAUACAAAAGCAUUUUUCUCAAUCAA